AAAGAAUGAAUGUAUCUGAACCAAUGACCAGCCUGUAGUGUGCAUGGCUGCCUCUCUCUUCAUCUUUUUCACAGCUGUUAUCCAAGCCUUCUUCAUGGCAGAGGGAAGGGAAAUGUACCUCCUUCAGUUAGAGUUGUCCCUCACCUGCCUUGUGUCCACAUACUGUUGGGGUUUCCUUGCAGAAUUUCGGGCACAUCCAUGUUAUAUCUCAAGGCAUGGCUUAACAAGAAAUGGACAAGGGAAGUCUGCUGUCUGUAUGGUGACUUCCGUGAACAGGAUUUCUACCUGGGAUAUUCAGGAGGGUGCUAUGACCUGGGUAAGCCCAGAACAGCCAGCCUAUAUCACACGGAUGACUACGCUCCCUGAGAUGCAAAUUGCAGUCACUGUAGAUAUGCAAUCAAAUAUCAAACUAUGGGACUGCCACAACAGGGAAGUUUUGGCGACUAAGGGCCUGUUGUCUUCCUGUCAAUUACUGCAAGCUGUCUUUACAAAUGAUAUCCCAAUUGUCUUGGUAGGUGACAUCUCGGGGAACCUCUACAUCCUUAGGAUUCCUGACUUACACCUCAUUUCCAAGGUGAAUGUAUUUCCAUACAGUAUUGAUGAACUCCACUGCUCUCCUCAGAAGAAAUGGGUCUUUCUGAUAGGGAAACACCGACAUGUCUUGACAAAGGUGUUUUACAUGAACAGCUUACUGAGGCCAUCAGAAUUCUCUGACCCAGUGUCUACCAUUCUCGAAUUUCCAUUAUGCCAAGGAGUCUUCUGGACCCCAAGAAGGGAAGAUAGGAUAACCCUGAUGUCCAGUACUAUACCCCCAAACAUCACAAAAUUUGGCACAUUUGAUAUGAAGCUGGAAGUGAUCGGGAACAAAUUAAAUGUUCAAGGACAUUUGGUAGCUAGUUUCUCUUUGCAAGACUACAAGGAGCGCGCAGAAUGGAUGGGAGUCAGUGAUAAGGAUGUGAUUGUUUGUUCAACUGGAUCCUCUCUCUUGCUCUUCGACAUAAAUGGUCUCCGUCUGCAGAAAUUUCAGUACUGCCCAGAAGAGAUCUUGAGACUAUGGGUGGACCCUGUUCAUGUCAUUGUCACCUGUAACAAUGGCUCUUUGGAUGUGUACGCGUGGGACGAGAGAAGCCCACUGCUCAGGAGGUGUUAUCGACUACAAAAAAGGGGAUAUCUGCCACCGUCUGGCUUCAUUAUCAAAACAUUAUGUGAUGAUGUGAGCAUAAUUUUAGUGAUGACUAAUAGUCCCAUCCCCUGCUUUCUGAUGGCAUAUACCUUGAAAGUCUUCUCUUGAAAACUGAGUGGGUUGUGUGCCCUCUUCCUUAAUGAUAAUAAAGGUCUAUUUGCAAGCACAAG